AUGGGCGAUUCAAAGGAUUUACAGACGGUUGCAGUAUGCAUAUUUUUGUUGUUGUCAACUUUGGCAACAGAUUUUAAUAUUUUAAUCGCUAAGCAUGGCCUACUAUUUAUUCCAAUUGUAACCUGUGUAUAUUGCCCCUGUGUUGCCUUUGGCUGGACAUGGGUUGUUGGGACUAAGAGAAAAUGGUAUACACGAUCCGUUCGAAGGUUCUACUGGCAUCGGAUACUCAUGCCAGUUGCAGCACUCUGUUUCAAUAUAUUGCUCCAAAUGACUCUGUUACUCAAUUUUGAUGAACCUUGGAUUCAUAUCAUUAUUAUUAUACUCAUAUUCGGAUUGCUUUCUUAUUUUACUAUGGGUGUGGUGGAACGUAUUCUUGAAGUGGAAGUAGGUGUUCAACAUAAAAUUUCAAAGUCUGUGAAGUUGACAUAUUGCCAAAUUUUGUUCAUAAUAUUGUUCUUUGCUUUAUCUCAAGCCUACUACAUUUCCAACUGCUCCAAAGAACAUUGUCCACUUGAAAAUGAUUUAGCUGUUUGGAUCUUUUGCCCAUCAAUUCUGCUUUUCUGCCCAGUUAACAAUAUUCUUGCAUUACCCAUGAUCUGCCUUGCAUUCUAUGUUUAUAAUUCCAAUAUACUUAAUUUUUCUUGUGUACAUCCUGUAUCUGGAUUGCAAUGGAAUGGAAGAAAGAUAUGGAACGGCAAAACUGGCAAAUGGGAGAUUGACGAGAGCCCGGCGGAGCAUGAAGUUUUUGAAUUGUGAUUGUGUUUUUAAUUUUAAUAAA